GAAUGAAUCAUUCUGUGGAAUCGUAUUCGUAGUGCAAAUCAUAUCAAAAAGGAGUGAGGAAGCAGAGAGUUCCUAUAGUUGAAUAAUUUUCAGUCUGUGAGUGUAACACAAGAACAAACAUCCAAACAAUUUCUAAACAUGAGGAAAAAAUCAAUGAGACGAAACAAAUAUGAACCCAUUAGACAAAUCGAAGUUCAUAUUUCACCUGAAGAAAUUUCUAAAGUUAAUGAAAUCCUAAAAGAAUCGGAAAAUGCAGAAGUGUCGGAAAAUGUAGAAGUGGCGGAAAACUUAGAAGUGUCAGAAAAAGCAGCUGUGACCGGACUAGGAGAACAUCCGGGAACUUGUAAGCAUCCUCUAGAGAACACAUGGAGCUUCUGGUUGCAAGCCAAUAAGUCGAAGGAGUGGAAAGACAAUCUUAUUGAAUUGACCAAUUUUGAUACCGUGGAAGAUUAUUGGUGUCUAUACCACUAUAUGAAGUCGCCUUCAGAACUAAAAUCAGGACAAGACUAUGCGAUCUUCAAGAAAGGAAUUCUGCCGAUGUGGGAGGACGGACAGAACAGACGCGGUGGCCGAUGGCUGAUUAUGGUUGAGAAGGGUAAUCAUGCGAUGCUGGACAGGAUUUGGUUGGACACUGUACUUUUGGUGAUUGGAGAAAAUUUCGCAGACAACGACUCUAUUAAUGGCGUCGUAGUCUACAUCAGGCCCUACUCAAAGAUUGGAGUCUGGACGAAGGACUUUAAAGAUCAAAAAGCCGUCAUGAGGAUAGGACAUGAAUUGAAAUCUGUCCUUGGAAUCAGACGACUCGAGUUUACACCACACAAUACGCCUAAAGUUUUAUAUUCUAUUUCAUAGAUAUUAUAACGUUACAAUGUUACAAUUUUAUCUGUGUUCUAUUUGAAUUAUUAUUAAGGUCUGUAAUACUUGCUGCAAUAAAAUCAAGUAUUAUUCAUUA